AUGGAUUCUACUCACCAUCUGAGCAGAACAAAUGAGACUCCACUCGAUGGUCCUACUUCCUUCAGAAGAUUGGUUGGAAGGCUACUGUAUCUCACUACCACACGUUCUGAUAUAUCAUUUGCAAUACAACAGCUCAGUCAAUUCAUUUCUCACCCACUUGACACUCACAUGGCAACAACUACCAGGAUUCUUCGCUACUUAAAGGGUGCCCCUUCCACUGGUUUAUUCUUUUCUUCUGCAUCUGAUUUUCAUGUUCGUGCAUUCAGUGAUUUAGAUUGGGCUUCAUGUCCUGAUACCAGACGCUCCAUUACUGGUAUUUGUAUUUUUAUUGGUUCAUCCCUCGUCGCUUGGCGUUCAAAGAAGCAGCCUACAGUCUCACGAUCAUCUUCUGAAGCGGAAUACAGAGCUUUGGCAAGUUUAUCAUGUGAACUUCAAUGGUUCUAA